AUGGCGCGCAAGCUGGGCGAGCGGCUCGAGGAGCUGGCGGCCUUCCUGGCGCACCAGCACGCCGUGGACAGCGUGGAGGAGACGCUGGACCACCUGCAGACGGAGAUCGCGGACGCCAUGGUGCGCUCGCGGGCCUCGGCGCAGCAGUGCACCAUCCUCCUCUUCCAGAGCGCGGAGCCGCCCAGUCUGCUGCGCUUCCUGGCCGCCAGCGCGGACUUCGCCGACGACUCGCGCAAGAGGGAGAUCUGCGCGGCAAGAGGCCUCGUGCUGGAGCUGCUGGCGUCCUUCCUCAAGGCCUACGGGGACCACAGGGCGCUCACCAAGCAGCACGUGGUGGACACGUACAAGGCCUGCCAGCAGACGGCGCGCGCCGACCCGUUCAACCGCGUCAAAGCCCACGCAUUAGAGGGACAAAUGCUCGAGGUAAUCGGCCACUUGGUGGAGAAGUUCCCGCAAGAUAUGGAGGAAGCGGCAGCCCCGCUGCUAAGUUGGAGUGAAGACGCACUGGAGAAGCAGUUUUCCAGCAAUGCGCCCGAGAUGAUGAUGGUGAAUGGGCUACUGUUUGCGCUGGCUCGGCUGCUCGAGUGUGAUCCUGAACGCUACAAGGGAGAUGAGGGUUUGCGCAAGAAGAUUUACUCGCAUUUGUUGACAGUUUUUGCCACGACUGUGAGCGGGAAUCUCUCACGGUACCACGUGACAAACUCGUCUGAAAUUUUCCUGGCGAAGCACGCGCACAUGUUUCACCAAGAGAUUGGCCCAAGUGGCCACGUGUGGUUUACGUACAUGAAAUUUUGCUGCAUGAGUGAGAACAAAACGGUCAAAGAGCAUGCGUUCGCGUGCUCGAAUGCAGUUUUUCAAGCCUUGAAUGCGUACUUGGCGGGGUCAAAAGACGACACGCGGAAGAAGUGCUUGAACAAGAUUUUGAAAGAGGUCCUACCGGUUGUGAGUGAUCCUGCCGCUGGUACGACGAUGAUGGCAUUCGCAGUUCAAUGUCUUGGGUGGCUCGCUCGAUCGAUCUACGUAUAUCUUGGGCCGAAAGGUUACAGCAAGAUUGAAGAUAAACUAAAAACGUUUGGCGAGACACUAUUGGCACUGGAUGCAAAGGCAACAGCGUGGAGAUGGCCACUUGUUUCCCAAUAUGUGCAAUGCGUUGGACAUUUCGUUCAAGAGCAUACUUGGGGAUACGUUUCAACAUUGACAUUUGGCACAUGCUUUGUUGCCGUAAAGCGUCGUGAUGUUCCACUAGAUCAAGGCUACGUCAAGUUCGUAGGGGACGUGUUAUGCCAUUUAAUGGCAGCAUAUCCUCAGUGCCUUUGGAAGUCGAAAGUUGUGGUUCACAAGUCGGUUAUCGUGGUAUUUGCCGCAUUGUCAAAGUGGACAGUGAUCGAUUCUCUCGUUGAUCGAUUUAUGCUUCACACACUGAUGCUGAGCAUCUCGAACGUCACGGACCCGGAUCAAGCGGUGAGGGGCUAUCUUACCAAAGAGAAAUUAUUUGAGAAAUGUCCUGACUGUCUGAUUUUUUUAUUCUAUGCACUGCAGGUUAUUUAUCACCCCGACACGGGCGAGUUGGUGACAAACCUUCUAUACGAUUACGAAGGAUUCUGGUUGGCUUUGCUUCGUCGCCGCACUAAAGCGCUUGGAGAUACACCGGUAGAAACAUCUACCAGUAGCGACGAUGUUGAGAUGAAGGAGCCUACGGAUGCCGGGAGAUCUUUGCAAGCGAUGCUUUUCGAUUCGACAGUAAAGCAAGUCGUUGGUAUCAUUAGCCAGCUUAAUCUGUCCUACCAGUUCGAUCUGCAAUCAACCAACAACGGGAAGAAUGCGACUGGAUACACGCCAAUCGUUCCACGCGAUCACUCGAUUAUGCUCAACCUGACGGAGUUUAUUGAGAGAGUGCUUGGUAAAUUGCCGAGGUCGCUGUUACACCCAUGGAUCCCCCCUCUUAUGCAACAAGUGUUUGUUUUGGCUUCCAAGUUGCCGCUGGUUUCAAGCUUUUACCGAAUUGCUACAGUUCUUGUUACGGCCAUUGAUGACCUAAAAGACUUCGAAGCCACACCGUAUUUCGACGGAUAUGACUCCGAUCGUCAGGCGCGGUUUCGUGAUGACCUUACGCGGUUCCUUCAACGGGUUUGUGCUCAAGCGCGCUUCUACCAGGAUGAAUUGCUUUUGACGAGUGCUGAGUUUGUUUUGGCAGCACCAAUAGGAUUGACAGCCCUUGAAGCUCUGAUUGAUGUCGUAGGAGCAAUCUUGGAGCUUGGGAGAUCCUACCUCCCCGCUGCGAUUGUCGCCAUUGGAGGAUUGGAACGUUGGCAAAAGCACUGCCCAGACAAGCUGGAAGAAGCGAUUUUGGAAGUCGUGCCGCUACUCGCAGCAUAUCUGGAUCAAGAUGGGCUAAGCAGCGAUGAUGUGUCUUUGGUGAAAGCAAUCGGGAAAAGCAGACUGACUACCGAUCCUAGAGCAGAAUCCGACCUCGCUCAGCUACAGCGCCGCAUCUUGUUACUUUUGGGAAAGUGUGGCGGCAAAGUAUCGCUGAUGAUAAGCGAACCUCCUUCGGUUGCCAAUGCUAGUGGUAGCAUGGGAAGUGUUUCGUCACCAUUUUUUCGGUUGGAGCUUCAACUUAGCGAGGUAGCAUUGUCACUGGCGAUGGAUCCUAUCAUCUCACAUCUCGGAGACUUAGCAGCCAACAGUUCCGUCCGGCGCGUGAAAGCAAGCGCGAGUGAAGGCUAUCAUGCUUUGGUUUGUUAUUUAUGUGGCAAAACGACGACGCAUCCACAUGCAGCGGGCAAGAAAACAGUAUUUUACGAUCUGUGGCGAGGGAUAUUUCCACGUGUUUUGCGUUUAGCUACGGACCCAGAGAAGAUUUGCAGAUCACUAUUCGAGCCAUUGCUUUUUCAGCUGCUUCGUUGGCUUGCAUCGAAUAGCGACACAUUUCCGUUCGAGUACGCAAGCAUGCUGGACGAGUUGACCCGUAGUUUAUCGGAUCCGGAGACUGCCGUCCGUACGAUGUCAGCUCGGAGCAUUGCGAGUCUCCUCUCACGGGCCCUCGAAGAUACAUCUGCUCAGGUUAAGGUCGAAGAAAUCUUCGAGAGAGUAUUUUCGUUGUGCCGCCAUCCUGGUGCUGUGCAGCGCAGUGGAGCCGCCGCCUCCAUUAGCUAUUUCCUUCGAUCCUUAAAUGACGAAGAUGGAGCAGUGCUGACAAAGUUUGCGAUGCCGUGCCUGAAGAACCUUCUGUAUGCCCUGCGCUUGUGCCAUUCUGAUGCUCAGAACAACACAGAUGUAUCACGGGACGUCAUUUCGAAAGCUGUUAUGAAGAUUGAACGUGGAAUAUGUCGCUUCCCGCAACUCUUUCUGAAAGGGAAAGGGAAGACAACCUCGCGACAGGAUGCUGCGAUUGAAGGAGGUAGCAUCCUUCAGCAAACGACAAUUUGGCUGUUCCAGCAGGUUGGUGCGCGUGAAGUUCUCUUUCGACGUUUAUGUCGACAGCUUUUCAUGUCAUUCAGCGGAUUGGUCGACAAGUCGAGUUCCGAAUGGAUCGAUCAUUAUGCGUCAACGCACGGCAACGAUUCUGUUAAGGUCGUGCUAACGCCGAUGAGCUCACUAGCUCACGCGCUACCCGACAUGUCAGUUGAGUGGUUGGAACAGUUGUCUGCAUCCAUUGAGAGUUACGUAUGGUGCGUCAAGUUGCUAGGGCCGAAGGCAGAUGACUUCUUUAAGCUUCGUUCGGUGGAUUCGCGACAAGAAAAAAUGAAGCGAAAGCACACGCAUACCACGGCGGAUACAAGUGAACGCAGCUGCCAGCAUAUACUAUCAUGGGCGAUUGGGCAUUUCUUAAAACAUGGAAAUCCUUGGGAGGGCUCGCUGAUGCCGUCACACUGGAUUGCAGCAUAUGCAUCGGUUUUAGCAUCGCUGUGCAGCUGUAUCAAGUCUUUUAUGAGCUGUGGCACUGAAAUUCUUCGGGAUGUUGCUGACGUGGAUAGCCAGACCUUCCGUUCUGCUGUGGUUGAGAAACUUCUCCAGACACUACUGCAUCGCGAUGAUGAUUGGGCAACUGAUGCAAGCUCUUUUGACGAAAUUGAAGACUUCUGUGCUGGCGUUGUGGUACGGAGCGAAGAGUGGGCCCAUCAAAUGCAGGAAUCGGUGGACACGUUGCUUUCAAGUUUAUCACCGUGCCUUGCCGACGUGAACAGCAAUGAAGCUUUUGCCAACCAUGCAAGGACCAUCCAGAGACUGUCCUUAUUUGGAAGCAAGGUUUUAAGUACUCAGAUUAUAAGUCAUCCCGUAGCGGACAAGCACGCGACGACGUUUGCUCUCGUAGCAAAGAAGACACUCCAAUAUGGGCAGUACUUACCUGACAACUACGCCGUGGCAAUUGUGGCUCUGAAGGCUGCAGCUGCGUGCGGCUGGAAAAUUGUUGACAUAUUCGUGAGCCCUGCUGAUCGACAAGUGUACGGCCCAGUACUCAACGAUGUGAUUCACUUCAUUCCUACGCUUGCUGUGUGGAAGUGGAGUGCUAGUGAGUUGGUUUCAUUGUCACUGACAAAUGACUACGUGGUCAACGUUCUGGCCGAUGUCCUGCAUCAAGUGACCAGCUUUAAAGUCUACCCGGCAAAGUUGAGCGAAUGGGAUGUGUUCACUAAAACCUUAGUGGUGAAUAUCAAGCAAUUCAUCAAGAAUUUAGAGACUGUCAAAGCGGACACGCAGCGGACGCUUUCACUACUGCGAGUUCUCCGAUAUUUUUUGGAGCUGUGCCAGCAGUGCUCCGAAGACCUGGUCGGGGCUGUGCGCAUCGGGCCGAUCCCGGAUAUCCGGGAUGCCAUUAUUUCUCUUCUCAAGGAGCGUGGAUGCAGCUACCUAGUGAAAGCUGAAAUUUUGCAGAUGUUGUCUCUGAUGGGGCCCACUUCGAGACUGGUUGCAAGCGACCAACAGUCUUCAAAUCCGAUUCUAGAGUGUCUCGUGGCGUUCGUUUAUGAUGAGUUUCCGAUCGUCUCGACAGAUGUCUCUCGUGGAUCGAAGAAUUACGAUGUGUUCCACUUGUUAUUUCCAGAGCUAUUGGGUGUUAUCGAGCGAAGCAAUUCAGUUGCAUACCUUAAAAUUAUUUACCCAAGCCUGAAGGAAGCCGAUAAACAUCUUUUCAGGGCUGAAAUCAAGCAGAUGCUGGCAAGAUUCUCGAUCGCACUAGGAGGCACUGUGGAAUCUGGCGUCUCAAACAGCAGCGACAGAGUACGACUACAAUUGGGAGCUCUCUUGGAUGUGUUGCUGGAUCCUGCGCUAGAAGUUGCCAUUCGAAAAACACUGCUAGAAGAAGUGUUUACGCCUCUGAUUGAGUGUCAAACUGAAGACACAUUACAACGGUUUUACUUGAUGGAGAGCACAACGAAGAAGUCAACCGUCAUUGGCGUGCUUGCAGCGCUGAUUUCGACUUCGGCUGAGGUCACAACCGGAGGGAGCCGCAUAGGCGUGUUCGUGACGUUUUCUUUGGUUGAAGUCCUGUAUCGACUAAUGGAUCCCGAGGUUGUUCGGACCGACAUUAACUCGGCUUUUCUGGGUCACAAAAACGGAAAGGGCCGCGAAUUUACAAUGCUGGUGUGCAAAUGUGCGAGCAAAAUGGUAACCAAGGCAUACGGAGACACCGACGAGCUCAUUCGCUUGGCAUGUUGUGCAGCCUACAGCUGUCUGCUGACCGCCGUGUCACGGACACAAAAGCAAGAGAAGUUCUUCGACCAAAUUCUGUUCCAGCCAGCACUUUGGAGCAAUAUCCUAGACCUCUCACAUAGUUAUGAGCUGCCAGCUGAGACGGAGAAGUUUGCUACGAUACCUCUUUCAAGCUUGUCUGCGGUUUCACUGCAAGCGCACAGUGACCCCAAUGUAUCAGGAAGCUCCAAACCAAAACGAAAUGGACCCGCUGCGUUACAGUUCUUUACUUCAAGUAGCUUGAGCAUGGACGCGGACACCAUGGGAGCAUCUGCCAUGACUGUGCCUUUGGAUAUUGAUCAGAUGACUGCUGAUUAUCAGAACGUUGAGAUCGAACUAGAUGAAUUCAACCGGCACCCUUGCAUGAUUCCACUGGUGCGCGUGCUGAUGCAAAUGAAAGCGGACUUUGGUACUACGUGGGGAGAAAAGGCAAUGCCUGGCUGGAUGAAGAAGAUAUUUGAUGUGCUUGUCGGCUCUUCAACUCCUCUGAAUGUGCGCUUAUUCUUAAGCAAGGUGGUGUUGAAUGUCCCGGGAGUAUUUGAGAUGUACGCAUCGUCAUGGCUACCUGCGGUCAUGGAAACCCUUCUCGACGCGACUAGUGGUCAAAAGACCCCCGAAUUCAGCUACCUUUUGCGGGAUGGUUGUAAUCUGAUGCUGGAUAGCUGGAAGAAUAUUGCGGUCUCACCUCCCAAGGCCACAGCUGACCGCUUUAUUAACGAGCUAAUCAAGCUCUGCCCAAACCGGAAUAAUAUAAUUCGGGACAGCAAUCUGCUGUUGAUAACGGAUUUGCUAGCGAUUUGGAAGGAUUUGGUGAGUAUCGAGGUGGAUCUUCUCAAGAAGUACAUCUACUCGGAUGAUGAUGAUGGCAGGAUGAAGUCGUCAAAGCAAUUUACUGCCCUCCAAAUUGUCAGUGCUUUGCUAAGUGCUGGACUAGCGGACACGUUAACAUCCGAAGAAGAGGAACAAACCAUCGAGGAUGGAAUUUUGCUGGUGAUGAAGAGCAGGACUACAUCAUUGUACACCCUGGCAUCAGAAGUCGGUGGGCUCUACUUGCAGAGUGCAAAUCCUUUGCAGGGCGACGAGUUCAUGUGCAAGUUGACAAACUUAAUCAUCGGCUCCUACAACGAUGAAGACUUUGGCCGCUUUCUGGCACUACUACGCAAUGCGUCGAUGCAUCAUCCCGAAAUGAUUGACUCGAUGAUGCUUCAACGUCUGUCGUUCGUGCUGCCCAAGUCUGUUUCGGUGGAUGCCUGGGCUUUGCUUGCGGCCGAAUCUCUGACUAACGCAGCCGCGAACGAGCAUGUUGCCAAGGAUAUGUAUGCUCAUGUGCAGUCAGUUCUUGGGCGUUUUGUGGCACACCGGCACGCUGGAGUACAACAAAGUACUCUUCGAGCUGUGUCGUGCCUUUUGAAUCAUUUGGCUAUACCUGAGAUCGAACGAUUGGUAGCCAACACAUCCGACGGUGGUCUUGGCAUGCUUAGGUAUUACGAAACGCACGAGCUCCCAGAAUGUCGCGGGAUGUUAUUUAAUGUUGCCAAGAAGUUGUACGAAAGGGAUGUGUCAUCUCAGGUGAAAACACGACUGAAAGCUUCAUUACUCCGCGGACUGUGCGACCCAGAUGGACUACUAAGAAAAGAAGCAUUUGAGUACUGGAACAAUUCGGAUUUUAUGAAGAACUCCUGUAGUGACCGGCUUCUCGCGGUCUUCGGGUCUUUGUACUCCCAAGAUUUUGACGAGAAAUGGGUGCUGUAUGCGACGAAUUUGCUUGUUGGGAUGUCGAAAGAGAGCGAUGCGUUUGAACGACCAUUAUUCCCAAGUGCGUUGGGCGGUGGCGAGUAUGCAGAAACCAGCAUUGAUGUGACUUGGGAGUCGACAGCGCAGUCAAUGACACCGCUGUUUUCUGUGGAAGCCGACACAUUCAGUGUUCGACGAGGUUCAACGCAGCAAAACAACAAUACUGCGCACUCUUUUUCAUCGGAAGGUGGAGGAUCAAUAGGUAGCACGUUGCAGUCCCAGUUGUUUACCUCCAAUUCGCACGCUUCAGCAGCAUUAACACCAAACUACAGUCAAAGCUUUGGGGAAGUGGAAGCUUUACAGCAGAGACCUGGAAGAAGACGCUUUUCUAAACAAUGCGCUACUGCAGCGUCCGUGAAAGACCCGUCGAGUUAUGACAAGAAGGCUUCAAAGCGCCAUUUUCAAGACCAGUAUGCUCUGCAAAAGAAGCAAGAAGAGGCUCGGGUGACCCGAGAGCGAAAAGAGCGCCAGGCCCGCGUAUCAAUUAAGAGAAAGUACCGCGUCGGUGAGUUUCCAGACAUUCAGAUUUCGCAGCAAGAUAUUGUGGAUCCCAUCAUAGCACUCUGCGAAGUCCACGUCGAAACAUCAAGUCUCGUGUUCGGUGCUCUGUUCUCAUCGAUUGUGGCAAACCCGCACUUUGAACAGUCUGGAAACAUCCCAGAGCUAGCGGAUAGACUCGAGAAGACGUUGACCCUCUCCAAGGCAUCCCCGGUGUACAGCGGCUGUAUCAUAUCAGCAUACUUCGCCAGUAUUGUCAGAAGCCCUAAUCUUUGCGAAAAACUGGUUAUUCCAGCAAAGGCUAUAGGGGAAGCGGGUCUGUCCAGCGGAAAGUAUCACCUCAGUGAGUUGGCACUGGAAGAACAGUUGAUUUAUGGCAUUCAGCAUAAUGGUCUGGGCCUGAAUCUAGGGUCGGAGGAAUCGGUCACAAGUUGGGAUCUUCUCCACAAGCUGUUGAGCACGGUGCACAAGCGGAACUUUCUGAUCGCGCUGUCAAUGGCAUGCGCCACAACAGACGAGUCCAAGCUUGCUCUCCAAGCACAACUAUCUGGAGACCUCCCGCUUGCCAUCGCGUCGUAUAAGAAAGCAGAAAGUACGUUGGAUUCACAAUUGGACAUUCUCGACGGUGGAAAGUCUCUUGCGACUGAGACGGAUGCCACGCGAUGCCGUUGGCAGCGAUUUAACUGCUUGGAAAUCUUAAACAACUGGGACACAUUGAUCAGCGAGAUUUCCGAUUUGAAUAAGAACGACAGCGAGUUUUUGUGGAAGCAGCGUGCGCCGUAUCAAGAGCAAGGUGUCGGGCAUUACAUGCGUUCCUGCUUAGGUCUCGCGGAGGCUAAGCGAAGUGACAGCUCGAACAGGGUGGAAGAUCUUCGCAGCUUCGUUGAGAAGGCAACCCACGAUUCGAUGAAGCACGGGCUUGUUCAGUCGAAAUUCCCGGUUGAAGCCUGUAUGGCGUACCUUUCGGUGGGUGACAAGAACCAAGCACGUGUGAGUAUCGAGAACUUUUACAGCAGCUUCCUGAAAGUAUGGAGAGAGACUAGCUCGAUGGCGUCAUCCUCUCGUUUGGAGCUGAUGCAGUCUCUGUCAUCAAUGGUGGAGAUUGACGAAGUAUUGCUACGUUUCGGUGGUGAUUACCAAAAUCCGCACGAGACGGAGCAGGUUGAUAUUAUGGGUUUCAUCGAUGCGUGGAGGAGAUCACCACCUUCCACAGGAGAGGACGGCAUGGUUCUAUGGUCUCAGCAUACAAUGGUCCAAAAUACCAUCGUUGGCCUUCUGCUGGAUUUUGGACACGCCCAAGGCACUUUGUCAGACGAGCUACGAUCAGCUGUUCUGGGGAUCAAGAGCAAUGUUAUGCUGCAAUAUGCCAAUGCCGCCAUUUCCUGCAACAUCUUAGCUCUGGCAUCGAAAAUGCUGAAGAACUACCGCGAGCUGUGCAACGCUCACCAACUCCCUAAGCUUAGUGUGCAGAUGGUUGAGGUGUUCGUUUCGCACGUACUGAAGUUGGUUGAUCGACAAGAGCACCAAUCCGGCAAGGAUGGCUUGAAUCCAACCUCGAUCAAGUUAAUCACAAGAUACUACGAGACAGCCACGAAAAUGUUUGACAACGUGGAGAUCAUGAACAUGAUGGUAACUGCAAGUGCAAAUGAUCAAGUAGCCAUGGGCUACUUGGAGGCGAAGGCAUUUGCUAGCGCUGCAGAAUUUUAUGCCAUUAAUGAUGUCGACGACAGCCUGAAAGAAGAAUACUUUUCUCGCUCACUCGACAUGUUCAAGGUUUCCUGUGAGCGCAUCAACGCAACGGCCAGCUCGCAAGGAAAACAAGGUGAACAAGCAUCAGCUGCAUUUCUGAGGUGCCGGUUGACCUUCAUUGAGUUUUUGAACGACUUGCUAUUCAAGCAGAAGAUGGAGAAGCUCAGUCAACUUGCCGACAGAAAAGCAUUGGUGAAGCUACUGGCUGUAAAUGUUCUUGGAGGCAUGGCUGCUGGAGAUCGUGAAUGCGCACACUACUUCCCUCAAAUAUGCGAUGUGAUAGCGCCUUACCCGGACAUCGUGACUGAUUUUGAGCAGUAUGUUCUCACAAAGUGCCCUCUCUGGACAUGCCUACAAUGGUCGGCUCAGCUCAUGGCUCUGCUGAACGGGCCGAUCGGUGGAACGAUUGUUUUGAUUUUGGAAAAGAUGGCCGAGAAAUACCCAGUAGCACUCUUCUAUGACUUCAUGGUUACGUGCAAGUCCUCCAUGGACUCAUUCAAAGUAAAUCUGCAUCGCCUGGAGGUUCUGCUCGCCAAUCCAGUGAUGGAGAAAUUCGUCACUGCCUUACGACUAAUCCACCACCCUGAAAUCCGGUUAAAAGAGGGUCUACGAGAGAUCGCCAAGCUCUUAGAAGACAAUCGAACGUCAGAUGCACGGCACAAAGUAGAACUCCUGUGGAAAGACUGUUUUUCGCCUGAUCGUCCACUACUCGGAGCCCAGAUCGGCCGCUACAAUCGUGACUGGAGCCGGAAAGCCAAGCGAGACGUUGAGAAGAUAAUGGGCAAAGAUGGCAGUAAGAUGACCUCAAAAACGGUCAACAGCGCUCGGGAGUGGAUCAUGAACCACUUCAGCGUUACCCCGGGCAGGUUUGGAAUCACGAAAGACAUGAAGGCACACCUCGGAGAUUUUGCAGAAUGGCUCGAGGAGUUUGAUCAUUCCAGCUGCUCGCUGGAACUCCCAGGACAGUACACGGCGUCUUGGGGCCCGCCAGAUCCGUCUACACAUGUGCGAAUUUUGAGCUUUGACUCGAUGCUUGGGGUGCUGGCCUCGAAGCAGCUGCCGAAAAGAUUGACGCUUCACUGCAGUGACGAGAAAGACUACACGUUUCUUGUCAAGGGCGGCGAAGACUUGCGCCUCGAUCAAAGAAUUGAGCAGCUCUUCGGUGUGAUGAACCAAAUUCUCCAGGCAGACCCACGGUGCCGUGAUCAGAGACUCUCUCUUACUAUCUACGACGUGAUCCCCAUGACUCAGGAGAUCGGAAUUCUCGAGUGGGUUAGUGGUACGUCGACGUUGAAAGGAGUUAUCGAGGCGCAACUGCAAAUCGACGAGCGCUGUACGGAUCUCAAGAGCAACAAGAGGCAGAAACUGGAACUGUUCAACACUACGGCGGCUAAGGCGUACGAAUCGUUUCUCCUGAAACAGCGUGGCGCGAGCUUCAGCGCAAAGGUUGUCGCUCCUCGCUCGAAGGACGUGGUGGACCAGUUCGCGAAAGUUCAGGCGAUGAUCCCAGGGGAUCUUUUGCGGCGUCAACUGCUGGGGUUGGGAUCAAACGUCGAGGCGUUCUUGCUGGUUCGAGAUCACUUUCUGAAGUCUCUGGCUGUGUUCAACGCGUGCUCCUACGUGCUCGGCAUCGGGGAUCGCCACCUGGAUAACUUCCUCUUUAACCUCUCGAACGGCCGUGUGAUCGGAAUCGACUUUGGAGUAAGUUUUGGUGCCGGCGCAAGUAUCCUUCCUGUUCCCGAGUUGAUCCCUUUCCGGUACACGAGGCAGAUGGACUUUGUUUUCCAGCCGUACGAUGGUGCGAAUCUACUAGCUCAAGAGAUGCAGGCAGUGUUUGAGGCGCUGCGCGCGAAGCGGCAGGUCGUGGAGAGCGUGAUGAACGUCUUCCUGCACGAACCUCUGCUGGAUUGGCAGCAGUCCACCACGACGUACCAGAAGGCGCUAUUUGAGGCAUCGGAGGGCGAUGAUCGGUCAACCCUGCAGGACAGUGACGUCGACAUGGAGGACGUGGAGGAGCUUACCCCCACGCGGGCGUCUCGUUCCAGCAAGAAGUUGAGUGCCUCCCCUGCUGGCGCUCCCGCUGCCACAGCAUGGCUGCCCGAUGUCAAGAUUGCAAUUGCGCGGAGGAAGUUGGAGGGCGUCUCACCCAAGCUGCUGCUGAAGGAGGAGCUGUCGCAGAACCCACACCUCAAGCCGCACAUUGGCAAGUUCCACGCUCUGGUCGACGCUGCGAGCAGCAGUGAGAGCGGCACCCACGAGAUGGCGGCAAUGAGCUCGCUAGCGCAAGCGCAAGAGCUUUUGGCGAUGGCUACUGCACCCGACGUGCUCGGGCGCACGUUUCAAGGAUGGAUGCCGUGGUUGUGA